CAAGAACUGAAACGGAUGGGGAUUGGACUGCUUUGCCUGUUCUUUCUAUUUCUAGGAAGGAAUGAUCACGUACAAGGUGGCUGUGCCAUGGGGGAUGCAGAGACCUGUGAGGACUGCUUACUCAUUGGACCUCAGUGUGCCUGGUGUUCUCAGGAGAAUUUUACCCAUCUAUCUGGAGUUGGAGAAAGGUGUGAUACUCCAGCAAAUCUUUUAGCUAAAGGAUGUCAACUAACCUUCAUCGAAAACCCUGUCUCCCAAGUAGAAAUACUUAUAAAUAAGCCUCUCAGUGUAGGCAGACAGAAAAAUAGUUCCAGCAUCGUUCAGAUUGCCCCUCAAAACUUGGCUCUUAAACUGAGACCAGGCAGUGAACAGACUCUGCAAGUUCAAGUUCGCCAGACUGAGGAUUACCCGGUGGACUUAUAUUACCUCAUGGACCUCUCAGCCUCCAUGGAUGAUGACCUCAACACAAUCAAAGAGCUAGGCUCCCUGCUUUCCAAGGAGAUGUCUAAAUUAACUAGCAACUUUAGACUGGGCUUCGGCUCUUUUGUAGAAAAACCCAUCUCCCCUUUUAUGAAAACAACACCAGAAGAAAUCGCCAACCCUUGCAGUAGUAUUCCAUACAUUUGUUUACCUACAUUUGGAUUCAAGCACAUUUUGCCGUUGACAAAUGAUGCAGAAAGAUUCAAUGAAAUUGUGAAAAAUCAGAAAAUUUCUGCUAAUAUUGACACCCCAGAAGGUGGAUUUGAUGCAAUUAUGCAAGCUGCUGUAUGUAAGGAAAAAAUUGGCUGGCGUAAUGACUCUCUCCAUCUCCUGGUCUUUGUGAGUGAUGCCGAUUCUCAUUUUGGAAUGGACAGCAAACUGGCAGGCAUCGUCAUUCCUAACGAUGGGCUCUGUCACUUGGACAGCAAGAAUGAAUACUCCAUGUCAACAGUCUUGGAAUAUCCAACAAUUGGACAACUCAUUGAUAAACUGGUGCAAAAUAACGUAUUAUUGAUCUUUGCUGUAACCCAAGAACAAGUUCAUUUGUAUGAGAAUUAUGCAAAACUCAUUCCUGGAGCUACAGUAGGGGUACUUCAGAAGGACUCUGGAAACAUUCUCCAGCUGAUCAUCUCGGCUUAUGAAGAACUCCGGUCUGAGGUGGAGCUGGAGGUGUUAGGAGACACAGAAGGACUCAACCUGUCAUUCACAGCUGUCUGUAAUACCGGGACCCCCUUUCCACACCAAAAGAAAUGCUCUCACAUGAAGGUGGGAGACACAGCUUCGUUCAACGUGACUGUGAGUAUACCAAACUGUGAGAGAAGAAGCAGGCACAUUAUCAUAAAGCCUGUGGGGCUGGGGGAUGCCCUGGAGAUCCUUGUCAGUCCAGAAUGCAGCUGUGACUGUCAGAAGGAAGUGGAGGUGAACAGCUCCAGAUGCAGCAACGGGAACGGCUCCUUCCAGUGUGGAGUGUGUGCCUGCCACCCUGGCCACAUGGGUCCUCACUGCGAGUGUGGGGAGGACACGCUGAGCACUGACUCCUGCAAGGAGGCCCCAGAACUCCCCGCGUGCAGCGGAAGAGGCGAUUGUUACUGCGGGCAGUGCAUCUGCCACUUGUCCCCCUAUGGAGACAUUUACGGCCCUUACUGCCAGUGUGACAACUUCUCCUGCGUGAGACACAGAGGGCUGCUCUGUGGAGAUAACGGCGACUGUGACUGCGGCGAGUGCGUGUGCAGGAGCGGCUGGACGGGCGAGUACUGUAACUGCACCACCAGCACGGAGCCCUGCAUCUCCGAAGACGGGGCGCUCUGCAGCGGGCGAGGGGGCUGUGUGUGCGGCCAGUGCGUUUGCACGAACCCCGGAGCCUCGGGACCCACCUGCGAACGUUGUCCCACCUGUGGCGAUCCCUGUAACUCUAAAUGGAGCUGCAUUGAAUGCUACCUGUCUGCAGAUGGCCAGGCCCGAGAAGACUGUGUUGACAAAUGCAAAUUAGCUGGUGCGACCAUCAAUGAAGAAGAAGAUUUCUCAAAGGAUAGUUCUGUUGCCUGUUCUCUGCGAGGAGAAAAUGAAUGUCUUAUUACAUUCCUAAUAACUACAGAUAACGAAGGGAAAACCAUCAUUCACAGCAUUAAUGAGAAAGACUGUCCAAAACCUCCGAAUAUUCCCAUGAUCAUGUUGGGGGUUUCGCUGGCUAUUCUUCUCAUUGGAGUCGUCCUACUGUGCAUUUGGAAGCUGCUGGUGUCAUUUCAUGAUCGGAAAGAAGUUGCCAAAUUUGAAACAGAAAGGUCAAAGGCCAAGUGGCAAACGGGAACCAAUCCACUGUACAGAGGCUCCACCAGUACCUUUAAAAAUGUAACCUAUAAACACAGGGAAAAACAAAAGGUAGACCUUUCCACGGAUGGAUAG